UAUAUAUCUAAACGAUAUUUGACAGCAAUUCUUGAUCGUGAAUAUAUUCAUAACCAAAUUCUUUAAUAUAUUCGACUAAUAAUAUUUUUUUUUGGCAGUUUUAACCGAAGGAGUAGGGAAAAAGAAGAGGAAAGAUGGUUCAUCGUCGUCUGCACCAGCUAAUAAGAAAACACGUCUGAGCCUAUUUAGAGGAGUUCAUAUUGAUGAAGGUAUUACGUGAUAAUGUUUGGGGCUAAAAAAUCCAGAACAAAAUUUAGCUGAUACUUAAAGAAUAUAUAUUUGAUGUCUGCUAGUUGAUGCAGAAUGUUGAGUAUAUUCCUUUGCAAUAUUUCUUUACUUUGAUGCAGCAAAACAUAAGGAUGCACCAGGCCCCAGCAGUAUAGCAUGUGCUCGUAAGGGAAAGGAACCAUCAAAAAAGUGUAAAAAAAAGAAAGAGAAAGUAUCUGGCCCUAAGGUUACAGAGUGUAUUAAAAAACCUAAUGAAGUUUGUGAUCAUCCUGACGAACAUGUGAAAUCGUCCAAUUUCCCUUCGCUGUAUACGAGGACAACCCCUGCAGCUUUCCAUGAUGCUUUGGAAAAGCUGAAUGAGAAACAACGUGCUGCAGUUUGUGAGAUUGGGUUUGGGCAUGUCCUAUCUCUUAGGGUUAAAAAACUUCCCAAUCUGUUGGCCUACUGGGUACUAAACAACUUUGAUGGUAAGAGCUGUGAGCUAGAAGUUAGGGAUGGCCUCCGAGUUAAAGUCACAGAGGACGAUGUAUACAGAAUAUUUGGAUUUCCGAAGGGCUCAGAAACUAUAAAGUCUUUCCGUACAUCAUCUAAUCACUGGUUGAUGGAUGAAUGGGUGUCUUCGUUCAACGUAGAGAGCAGAGACCAAAUAAAAAUUACUCUGUUGCUAGAACGGAUGGUAAAUGAUAGAGAUGGCGGCACCUGGUUCAAAAGAAAUUUCAUGAUAGCCAUGGGGUUCUCGCUGAUUGAGAGCUGCCCUAAUGGACAGGUGCAACCGUAUCUAUUGCGAACACUGGAGGAUGUUCGAACAUUGCGUAAAUGGAAUUGGGGUGGUUUUGUUUUGAAAACACUCGUUGAUCAGAAACGCAACUGGUUAAACAAUGCAAGAACAGUGUUUGUUGGGCCAACAUUAUUUUUAUUGCUUUUCUAUGUGGAUAGGUUUGAGGUUCACAUGACUAAGCAUCCAAGGUUGUAUCCUGUGUUGGUAAAUUGGGACAGUAAAGAUCUGAGGAAGCGUCAGAAAGUCGAGAAGGAUGAUAGAUAUUUCGGAGGAGGUUCAUUAUGCGAACCAAUAUCACUACCAGACAUGACACAUGAUGUGGAUUCCGAAGACACCGUGCAGAGUGAACUUGAGAUUACAAUGAUGAAGCAAGCUAUUAUGAUAUCAGAUGGUGUGAAGAUCUUACAAUCGUUGUUGGCUCGUGCUUCUGAUGCUCAACGGGAGAGCCAAGUUUUUAUGGAUAAUUUGGCUAAUGUGUCAAGGAUAUCGGGUGUUACUCUUGAUAUUCACUACAGAGGCGAUGGAGCUGGGACUUCUGGUUGCAAAGAAGAUGACGAAUCAUUUAACAAUAAUCCAGUGAAUGAUUCAGAGGUAUAUGAACCGUUACAAGAUUUGAUGGAUACUAGACCAAUAUAUUCAGAGCAACAGACCGUGCAUGACUUUACAUUUAGCCAUGGCAAUGAUGAGGUUGGUACUGCUGGAGGUUGUGACAUGUAUGGAAUCCACUCACAUCAUGAGAAAUUAGUUAAUGUUUGCACAAAUCCGGGAUUAGAGGAUGACUGCACGUUUGAGCUGAAUAGGGUUGGUGAUAACAGUACAGUUACCGAUAACGAUGAGAUUACUAAUGCUUGUUCCGAGGGGACUGGCGUGCAUUCAGUGGGUGAGAAUAUAAGUUUUGGUAAAGAUGUAGAAUGUGUGCCAAAUAUGGACAACGAGAAUAUUGCUCAUACUGACAACGCCGCAAUAAGUGAUCAAGUUCGUGAUAAGAGAAAAGGAAAGAUGGUGUCAACAAGAGGACGCGACGUGCCAUUUGUGGGUCUGAGGAAAUCAAAAAGGGUUAGGGUGAAAGGAAAUGUAAUACAGGAAAAUGAUGGCAAUGUCAGCGUGGAUGUGCCUUUAUUGCCAACUGCAAUACAAGCAAUUGCGAAAACACCAAAGAAGAGUAGUUGGUUGAAGACGAGUAAAUUUAGAUCUCCUUUUGUUCAAAGGGAAGUAAGCACUUCCAAAAGAUUGACCAAGCAAGAAAAGGAGAUUGGUUUAUACUGCCUUUAUUCUGAAACAUAUGAUGGGUUCCAAGAACUUUUUUCGCACAAAGACUUUGUGAUUACUAGAUAUGAGAUGCAAUCGUUCAGAAAGGGAUGCAUGGUUAAUCCUUCCAUAAUAAAUGCGUGGUGUUUGGUGUUGAAUAACCAGGAGGAUAUCCGUUCGAAUACUUCUCCUCUCCGAUUUUUUGCAACCACCAGCAUAUACUCUGAAUGUAUACGUCUCAGAGAGUUAUCGUAUGAAGACCAGAGCGAAUUAUUCAAUCUGACAAUGUCUUCUGAGUUGGAAUCAUACCAGCGGUACCCACUGCAUCUAAUAGACAUUUUCUUCUUCCCAAUUUUUGACGAUGGAUUGUAUUAUGCGCUGAGCGUCGACGCUAAGAGGGAACGGAUUUACAUAUUGGAUAGUACAGUCGAUGCAUCAAUCGCAGAUAUUGGCAAUAAAUAUGAACGAGUUUGCAACAUCCUCCGUAAGCUUAUGGUUGAUCUGCUGUAUAACUUAAGUGUGGAUCAAAAGGCUAGAAAAGUGUCAAAAGCAAAGGUACAUGUAGCCAAUAUGAAGUGGGCCGAUACCACGAAUUUGGAAGACACCGGAAUUUACCUCAUGCGUCAUUUAGAGACGUUUAUGGGCGAUGCUUCGCCAAGUUGGAAAUGCAUCUCUCCCAUUUUGAUGAAUCGACAACUUCGUGUCAUGCGAGUCCGAUACUGUGCUACAUUAGUGAAAUGGGAAGGUAAUCACCACCGCGACGACAUCGGUAAACAAGCGGCGAGGCACUGGAGUGAAGUGUACGAGAAGUCUAAAAAUAAUGUUAACCUCUUAUUGAUUGGUUAAUUAUAUGCUUUACCUUUCAUUGUUAUUGGGCAAAUGUGUCACACAUAUAAUUGAAUUAGCAUUCAAUUACACGAUGGCCCUUUAUAGAACAAUUUUUUGCUGCAAACUUAUUGACAUCUGUUGUGUUUGUUUCGUUGAAACACAUUUAGCAAAUGAAUAUAUUGGUUUUCAGACA